AUGGAGCCUUCCACGGCACCCGAUACUGAUCUCUCCGAUCUCUACUCCGUGAUCCCGUACAAUGUCACCUUCCCCGACGAUGCCAUGGGGUUCGUGCCCGCUGGAAACUAUUCGGAGCCGAACCCAACCAGAAGUCCUGCGGGGAUCAUAAUAGCCAUCUCCAUAACGGCUCUCUACUCCGUCAUCUGCGUGGUGGGACUGCUCGGAAAUAUACUCGUCAUGUAUGGUGUAGUAAGGUACACCAAGAUGAAAACGGCCACCAACAUCUACAUCUUCAACCUGGCUCUGGCCGACGCCCUUGCCACCAGCACACUCCCUUUCCAGAGUGCCAAGUACCUGAUGAACACCUGGCCGUUCGGCGAGCCCCUGUGCAAGGUGGUGAUCGCCAUCGACUACUACAACAUGUUCACCAGCAUCUUCACGCUGACCAUGAUGAGCGUGGACCGCUACAUCGCCGUGUGCCACCCGGUGCGGGCGCUGGAGUUCCGCACGCCCGCCAAGGCCAAAAUCAUCAACGUGUGCGUCUGGAUCCUCUCCUCUGCCGUCGGAGUGCCCAUCAUGAUCAUGGCCGUAACCAAGGUGACAGACAACGGGAAGAUCGUGUGCACUCUGAAGUUCCCCGACCCUGACUGGUACUGGGACACGGUGACCAAGAUCUGCGUGUUCAUCUUCGCCUUCGUGGUGCCGGUUCUCGUCAUCACCAUCUGCUACGGCCUGAUGAUCCUGCGCCUGCGGAGCGUGCGCCUGCUCUCCGGUUCUAAGGAGAAGGACCGGAACAUGCGUCGGAUCACGCGCAUGGUCCUGGUGAUCGUGGCGGCCUUCAUCAUCUGCUGGACGCCCAUCCACAUCUUCAUCAUCGUCAAGACGCUGGUGGAGAUCGAUCAGCGGAACCCCUUCAUCGUCGCCAGCUGGCACCUGUGCAUCGCGCUGGGCUACACCAACAGCAGCCUCAACCCGGUGCUCUACGCCUUCCUGGACGAGAACUUUAAGCGCUGCUUCCGCGACUUCUGCCUGCCGUUCCGUACCCGCGUGGAGCGCAGCAGCCUGACCCACGCUCGGAACAACGCCAACGCCACCAACCGCGAGCCUGUGUCCGUCUGCGCCCCCUCGGAAGCGGGCGGGAAGAAGCCGGUAUGA